AUGUCACGCGGAUUGCAUAGCUUUGGGUGUUUUGUACGCCCUUAGUUAGGCUAGCCAAGUAGCACCACUUCCUUCCCGAAAUUUUUCACAACAUUUUCAUUCGCUUUUCCGUUUUUCCCCGUUCGUCCCGUUUAGUAGCGCGCCUGCCACCAACGGUAGCCCGUUAGUUCCCCUUAGUGUAUCGUAACGUUCCUUGCAUUAGCAUUAGCAUGGUAAUACAGCGCGUGUGGCGUAGUUCGGCUGCUUCGUCGUCGCUCAAUGUACCAGCGUCAGCUGCUGCUGUUGCCGCUGCCACGGUGGUCACUUCCGCCAUUUCCCCGGCGGGAACGUCCGUGGCGACGACAGUUGCAACAAGUGCCUCCGAAACUUCGUCAACAAACAGCAACGGUGGUGCGGCGGUAAGCGCUUCCGAACCGGAGGCCAGCGCAGGGUUGCACACGGGCAUGAGACAGAAGCUGAAAAAUACACUGUCCGGCGAGGCAACACUGGAAGCGCUGAAGCAACGGUACGGCACGGGCCGUUCGUUCGUUAGCCAAACCGCCAACGAUGCGGCAAUUAAAUCGCUGGAACUUUUGCGUGCCAACAUACAGUGCUACUUCGACAAGGAGGUGGACACGAUUGUGAAGAAAUUCCAUCAAACGUACUUUGUGCCAGCGAUUCGCAACAUUAAGGAAAAUCUGGGCGACGGCGCCAUUUCCGACGAGGCGCUGAAGAGUGUGUUCUGUUCGCUGCUGGAAAACACAAAGGCACAGUACGCAAGUCAGCUUUCCUCGCCCGCCGGCAAUUCGCUGUCCCGUGCCAACACACCCGGUAUGGAGCUAAGUGAUUCGGAUUCUAGCACCGAUAAUUCACCGGCAACCGGAGCGGCCACCAGCUUGCUGCACCAAGCAUUGAAACGUAAACUCCCCGAACCGAAUCAACCGGAUUUGUUCAAGCGACAGUACUUCCUGCACGGCCCUAUAUUCCCACACGCCCCGUACCAGAGUUUAGCAACAUCCCAGACUAGCGGUGGACCAGGCGCGACGCUUGUGACUGGGGUCGCAUCCCGAACAACGCACCUAUCCUGUCCCACCACCGUCAUCACUCCGGAGAGCCUAUUCAUACUGGACUUUAAGGCAGCCCGUGCACUCGGCAUUUCGGACUUCCGGGACCGUUUGGCCAACAAACAUCCCGAGGUGCUACGCUACUGUCCCGACACACAGGACCGCGAUUGGUUGCUGCAACAGAAACAGGUAACGCCCCUGAACAAAAACGGCCGGUUCUUCCUACUGGCGCUGGACGACGUGAGAAAACUUAUCGAACGGAACGCGUUCGAGCAUACGGCCGGUGGUCGGUCGGGAGAGCUGCAGGGCUUCAAGGUGACGGAAAUGAUUUAUGGUAAAAUACAGAAGCUGCUGAAAGAGCUCACCGAACGGCAACGAGCCACGGCGGACGGGUUCGAAUCACCGAAGGUACCACCGUCCGCUGGCGUCGUGACUGCUGGAAGGGCCCGCAUCUCAUCACUCAGUUCCUCGCAUGCGACGCUGACGGCACUGCUUUCGACGCCACACGCCACGCAACCGGGCAGUGAGUCCGGUAGCAGCUCCUCGACGGUGGCGGCCAGCCUGGAGGUUGGCGAGCUGAAGCGUAGCUAAGUCUGAUUCUCUAGUUCCUCUGUACAUAUCAAUGGUCGAGAAGAUCGUGCUGCUGGUGUUGCUGUAACUAGCGGACCGGCGGAUGGGAGAGAAUGUGCUCUGAACUGUAUAUUGUGUACGUGGUAAUGUGCUGCUAAACCGUGGCCACGUAGGUUUCUUUAUCGUCUACUUGAUCGAAACUGUGUUUGUGUACGCUUUCGGUGUAUUUUGGUGAGUUUUUCACGAAUAAAUAUAUGUACAAAUGGUGUUGAUAAA